CACACCAAAAAAAAAAUGGAUUUAAGAGAAAUUGGAGCUACACUUCCCCCUGGAUUUAGAUUUUGUCCUAGUGAUGAAGAGUUAAUUUGUCAUUAUCUCUACAAAAAAAUUGCUAAUGAAGAGGGAUUAGUUCUUAAUUGUAAUUUAGUGGAAAUUGAUCUUCACACUUGUGAGCCAUGGCAGCUUCCUGAGGUGGCAAAGCUCAACUCUACUGAAUGGUACUUCUUCAGCUUCAGAGAUCGAAAGUACGCUACUGGCUUUCGGGCGAAUCGGGCCACAAUUUCGGGUUAUUGGAAAGCUACGGGCAAGGAUCGAACAGUACUCGAUCCUCGGACUCAUAAUGUCGUAGCGAUGAGAAAAACUUUAGUCUUUUACAAGAAUAGAGCUCCUAAUGGCAUUAAAACUGACUGGAUCAUGCAUGAAUUUCGACUCGAAAAUCCCCAUAUACCUCCUAAGGAAGAUUGGGUAUUAUGUCGAGUGUUUCACAAAGUUAAAGGUGAGAACAACAACAAUUUUACAAACAAAUUUAUCCAACAAAACAUGAAGUGUGAGGCAAUUGUCACUUGUUCAAAUUCAUUGCAUUGUGACAUUAGUUACCAAAAUCCACCCCAUCAAAUUAGCCAAAACUCAAACACAAUGCAUCAUCAAUUGUUUGAUUUAUUAGUAAAAGACCAACAUGAAAAGAUUUGUUUGUCCCAAUGUGGCCAAGAGGAUGAUCAGUAUAAGUUGCUCGAUAUGGAUUUUGAAGAAUCAUAUGUUCAAGAUGAAGGAAUUCAUUCUAGCCUCGAAGACAUAAGAUUUGAUGAUGAAAAUAUCGCGAUUUUUAUUUGA